AGGAACUAAAAUAUUGGCAGAAAUAAAUAAAGAAGUAACAAACAAAUAUAUCAAUUAAUAUAGUAUUUUUUUAGAUAAUAAAUAAGCUAUGGUAAAAGUAGAUAAAAAACCUUAUGAAAUUAAUAGAUUUGGACUCUUAAGAUUAAAACAUUAGUUAAUUAUAAGAUUUGGGGUUAUUUCUCUUAUCUGCUGUUUAAUUAUAUCUUUGCUGAUAAUUCUGUUUAUCUAGAAACAAGUAACUCAAAGGAUUAUUUCAGAUUCGGCGUCUUACGUUUGUUCAAAUGUUGAUCUUGAAAAUGAAAGAGUUAUCAAAUAAAUGGUAACAGUGCUUUAAACUUCACUUUAUAAUCUGGGAUAACUCAUUAAUGAUAUAAGAUAAGUGAUCAGUGAUGUAUUUAUAACUUAUCCAAAUUACAAGUUUGCUGGAAUUUACAACGUCUAUCCAACUUAUGAUUUAAGCAGCUCUGAUAAGGAAGGGUUAUCUAAAGCAUAGGAGUAAUUAUAAAAUUGCAAUAUAAAUGUAAUUUAACAAUAUGAAACAAGUUCGAUUUGCAUUGAUUCAGUUUCUGAUAUCUAGCAAACAACCAAUGAAUAGAAGCAAUUGAUUAGUUAUUUACUGGAAUUAGAUAAUAAUGUAAAUAGCUUAUUUUCAACUGCGUUUUUAUAAGAAAGAACUUAAAGGAUUAUAGUAUAAAUUUACACAUAACAAAAUACCUAAAAUAUUAAUAUUUAUAAAUCAUAUCCUGCUUCAUUUAUUGAUGAAUCAUAGAGUUAAUUUAACAUAGAUUCAACAUUUUAUAAGCUUCAAUAACAAAAUUCUCAGAAAAGUAAAAGACAAGGAAAUAGAGUCUUUGUUUAAGGCCCUUAUGAUGUGCAAGUUGGAAACUAAAAAUUGUAAGUUAUGUCUCUUUCUGUAACUUUUAAAGCUAAUAUCAACAUCUAAUCAACUAUUUAAGAGAUCUAUUUUCAUAUCAGAUUAGAAAUGAAAAUGAAAGUUAUAGAUAGCUUUGUCAAAGCUCAUGGUUUCAGAUCAAAAAGUGAAAUCAUAGUUCUAAACAAAAGGGGUUAAUUUGUUUAUGCCAGUGAUUAUUGGCAUGUGACUAGUUAAAACCAGUAUAUAUUUGAUUAAAACAUCAGCAAUUUUAGUGGGCUUGAUUAAACUAGUUUUCAAACUCUAAUUUAACAGGAAACUUAAAUGAAAAUUUCUAAGCUAAAUAAAGAAGGAUAGACAAAAAUAUAUUAAAUCACUCCAAUUUUUAUAUAGGAUUAAUUUGAUCCUAAUGAUUAAAGAGAUUUUACAAAAAUUGGUAUUGAAGAUCCUGUUUAAGAUAGCUAUUUUACUAUUUUAUUGUAUUCUGAAGAAGAUGAAAUGUAUAAAGUAAAAGAUAAAAUAAAAAAUUUAUCAUUGCAACUUGAAAAUUUAACUGUAAAAAUUUGUGUAACUUUGAGCAUAAUAACUAUCAUAAUAGUAUGUGCUGUUUCAUAUGCAGUAUCAACUUAAGUAGAUAGGCCUUUGAGGUUUUUAAUAGUAGUACUAAAAUAAUUAAUCAUGAGCAAAACAUUGAAAUAAAGCACUCUUUAAAAAAUAAGUCAUUAAAUCUAAUUUUAAUUAUUAUAGAGCUAAUAUUAGGUAAAAGACCUACUAAUAUCUUUCAAUUCGUUAAUAGAAACUCUGAUUGAAAGAAAUUUUAAUAACAAAAAUAAUAAUAUAAAACCUGAAAUCAUUUAUCCUUUGAAUGAAUUUGAAAUAAAUUAUGUAAAACAAACACAAAAUAAAUAAAAUAUUUUUGAUUGGGAGUAUCUUAUAGACAAAAUUUAAAAGAAUUGCGUCUCCUUUAAUCCAUAAAACGAUAUAUCAAAAAUUUAAAGUUGACUCAAAUUGAUUUAUGCUAUGAGUUUAGGAUAUAAUUUUAUAUUAAAAAUGAACAUUUUUAUUUUACAAAAUGAUUAAUACUUAAUGAAUGAUACAAAUUAUUACAUAACAUAAUUAAUUAUUUAUUACUUUAUAUAAUUAACUAACUUACAUAAAUACAUACAUACAUGCAUACAUAUUUACAUAGAUAGAUAGGUAGAUACAUUUUAUAUAUAUACAAUCAAAAACUUCUAUUUUUCAUAUUUAGCUAAUCAAAAUUUAUUUAUAUUUUUUAUUAAAUCAAAAUAAAGCAAAAACUAACACUCUCUCAUUUUUAUGAAAUAUAUUUUAGAUUUUAAAAAUAAUUUUAUCGAAAAAUUCUCAAAUUGAUUUCAAAUUUAUAAACGGCAGUACUCUACUAAUCUAUUUUCAUGACACGAAUAGAGCAACCUGUAGUUUUCAUCGUAUUAUAAUCUAUAAGCUGCAGAAGGGUUAUCAAAUAUAUCUCUCACCUUUCUUAAAUUGUUUAGAUUCCAAACGGCUAUUUUUCCAUCCAAUCUUUACCCUACUAAGCUAACAGCGAUGCAAUCGAUUUCACUAAGGUAUACUAUAUCAGUUAUUGGAAAGGUUUCUUCUAUUGAUCUAAGCAUGAUAAGUGUUGAAGCCUCCCAAAUUUUGACAGAUGAAUCUCUUCCUCCUGAAAUUAUUAAAGGUUAAUCAUUUCUUCUGCUUUUAACAAAUAUCAAACGGACUACAGGACUAUUAUGAGCACUCACAUUUUUGAUUAUUUGAUUUGAUUUCAAAUCCCACGCACAUAUCUAUUUAUCAUAUCCUACUAAUAAUGAUUUAUUUUAGAGUAAUAACAUGCAAUGAACUUUUUAAAGCAUUUCAUUCUCUAAGCUUCUAAUAAAUAUUCCCUUUUCUAAGUCCCAUACUUUUACUGUACUAUCUAAAGAUCCGCUAUACAGAGUACGUUCGUUAAGGAAAGUUAAAGAGCGAACGAUAUCAUUAUGUCCUUUAAAAGUAUGUACACACUACCAUGUAGGAACAGGCCUCCAUAUUUUCACAGUCCUAUCAGUGCUUCCACUUGCUAGAAUUCUUCCAGUAAAGUGGUAUGCCAAACUAGUAACUGGCCUUUGAUGACCCGUUAAAGUCGUAAGCAGCUUACCUUCAAUCUUUUCCCAUAGUUUAAUAGUGCAGUCAUCACUUGCAGAAGCAAUUUUAUCAUUAUCGAUGAAAACAAUAUCUCUUACAGGUAAGUCAUGAGAUUUCCACCAAACUCUAUUGCUAUUUAUUGCUGCAUAAGGGACUCUUUAAUUGUUUAAUUGAUUCAGACUAUGACUGCUUGAGCUGUUAUAUUAGUCCAUUAUUUAAUUCAUACUUCUAGAUGUAUUAGGAUUCAUUUAAAUUGCAGGUCCUUCACCAAAAUAUUAAUUAUGAGCAGCAUUUAUAAGCUGAGUAUUUGCUUUUCCUAUAUUAUUAGUAAGAGAAAAGGAUCUGUCAUAUCCCUAAUCAAGAGCUUAAGUUCCUGCAGGCAUGUUAACAUCUUACUUAAAAUAGUUACUUGUUUUAGACUUACUAGGUCCAACACUCCUCAAAGGUGAGUUUUGUAUAUGGAUUUCUUCCCUAAAAGGAGAAGGAGAUUUGUUAUUACCAGUUUAUUGUUAGAAGAAAAUGUUUUCGUUAUUCCUCUCGAAUUCAUGUAAUUAUUUGACAGGAUUAUCAAUACCAUUUAUUGGCUAAUCCAUUUAUCUAGUAUUAAAUUAUCUGCUAAGACUCUGACUUACUCCUUUUCCGAAAAUUGUAGAAGUAUUUUUAACUUUUGUUGGGCUCGAAUGAUUGUACAUUGUAUUUCUAUUGUUAAUAUUUACGCUGUUAUUAUUUGUUAACAUUCCGCUAGGUAAUUAUUCAUCUACCCUGCUCAUAUUGUUUUGAGGUAGUGAGCUAUGAAAAUUGUGGCUGCUUGCGUUAUUCGAAAAAGACCUCUACCCAUUCAGACUUUGAUUAUUUUAGUUUUCAAGAAUAAAAUUUGCAGUAGGAGGAUUUAAUUCACUUGUUAAUUUAAACUGUUCAGGUUCAUUAUGAUUUACAGUUUAUCCAAAUUAUCCAAAUGUUCCUGAAUGCAUUGGUUAAUUAAAAUUCGACCCUUUUUGUAAAGUUGCAGAUAAAAAUCUAUAAACUCCGUCAAGAUAUCUCUGUGUGUCUUUUGCAAUUUUAGUAGUUUCCGUAUAAACAUUUUCUUUUGCACUCAUUGUGUUUCUUAAAGUCGUUUUUAUUUUUUAAAACCCUUCCUCAUUAACACUGAAUAACUAAAAGCGCUUAUUAGGCUAUAACUGAACCUUUAAAACUAAUUCUGUAACUUUUCUCUAAGCUUCUUAUGCAUUUGCAAUAUUCUUCCUUUCAAUGUCUUUCAAUAUUUAUGUAUAGCGUUAUUCUGCUGCUUUCAUACUCUAUAUCUGCUGCACGUCACUAUCAAAUUAUGUUUGUAAUCUCUCUAAAGUCUUUAAAACUUCAUCUUAUAUAGUCUUCAUAAAACUUUGCAAAUGACCUUUUAUCUCAGCUUGCAUACUCUACAAGCUUUUUGUGUCAUUAUCCAUUUAUUAUUCUAUAUUACUUAAAUUCUAACAUUCCCUAUAUUAAUCAACAAAGUUUGCUAAUGGUAAUUUGUAGUGAUUUGAAUGAUUAGAGGCUGAACAUUUAUCACAAACUAAGCCUCUUGAUUAACACUGAUUAUCUAAACAAACUGAAUCCUACAUUGAAGGAUCAUGUCCUUGUACAGGACAUUUAAAUAAAACUAACUAUUUGCUCAUAAAUUAAGACUAUGCCUUGUUGACAAUAUUUUAUAAUACUAACUAAUAAUAAUUUAUUAAUUGCUAUAGUUAUUUUUUAAAAUAUUACCAAAAUUAAUUAGAAAUUUG